GCGAUCCUGCACUAGAAAAACCAAUCGCUCGCGGCCUGCUCGACAUCUUUUUCCCAUUUCCCUCCAGGUGCAAGGAGAGCGAAUCCACGAGAGAGUCUGAAACAAGCUACGAAUCCACCAUCGAAGUAUUCUUGCACAGAGAACAGCUCCUGGCUGACUAAACCGUAAACGGAUAGAAUCCGAUCGUAACGAAAAAAAUAUAAAGCGGCUCUGCAAGAUGACGGGAAGGUGAUGGGCGAAGUUAGUAGGUCACCAUCUAGCUUGGCCACUCGGCGUGCACCACGGCCCUACCAAGAGGGUUUAAGUCGGAGCGUAGGCCCCAUGCUCAGAUGCUCUUCACAUAGCCCGCUGUACCAGCUGCAUAACCCUGUAUCGACGAGAUGGCUCCAUGUUUUAGCUAGCCCAGCGUCGGAGGCAAACGACACUCUCAUCAUGUUGACCAUAGGAUCUACUAAGGCCAGCCGUCCUGAAAAUGUUCCAAGAUAUUAUAGGGAUGCCAACAUCCUGGCGUUUGAUGAUCUUACUCACUGGCAGUGGCUGAUACUGUUGGGGAUUUCAGCUGAUGCUGCAGAUGACGAGUGUCUCAUGCUAAAGUUUGAAGCACCAACCCUUCGUUACUCUGAGGAAGACCCCCUACGUGUUUACAACGGAAGUCCAGGGUGGCCAUGCGUGUUGGCUGCAGGCGAGCAGCCCUAUAUCAAGUUUGAUGUGCCUCUUCAGGAACAGAGGUCCAUGUUUACAAUAACGCCAGCUGGAGAUGGUUCCUUGAAGUUGAAGGGUUCAACACAUCCGUUCUUGAUGGCUGCGACCAUGAAGAAACGAGCUGCCAUGAUUGAUGUGGGAGAAAUCGCUGGCGAGCUGACAUGCUGAGGGUACCAUUAUGUGCCACUGAAUAGGCCGAAUAUACGUACGUGAUGACGCUACCGUGGAGCAACGACUCUACCGUACAGGACUUGAGGUUGAAAUGUUUGCGAUAUUGAGUUCAUGGACUGUGAAUAUUAUAUAUAGCUCGUCGAGCUUCCUUAUUGGUGACAACCCACAACAUACAUAUACACCAAGCUACCAAGCUUAAAAACCCUCAUCUACAGCAGCGGGGCUUACCUUAUUUCCCCGAAUAUAAGUCGCACUUAAGAAGGGGAUUCGAUUUACAAUCGGAUGUACAUCCUACUUAUGCGAAUAUAUUGAAAUAAUUUCGCGUAAAGUGGGAGUACGACUUAUAAUCAAGUUCCACUUAUAGUCGGGGAAAUACGGUAGCUUGUCUCCUUCUUGGAGUUGGAAGAGUGCGUCUUUGCUGGGCGUACUCUCGCAACGCAUCCCUAUCAUAAUUAUCAUUCCAAUUGAUUUUCCUUUGGUCUUCCGUUUGAGGCUAACACGCUUCAUAGCAGCUGUCUCUUUCACUACUGCUGUCACUACCAGCAUCACAGCACCUAACUACUGACCUAACACUGUGCCACCGUCCUUUAUUUUCUUUGCUUUCCUACACAAAACUAACUAACUGCCAUCACUAUGCUCUGCAAUCUUAAAAUUUUACUGUUUAUUUUCUUUUGCCAACAGUUAACUAGCAUGUACAUAAGUCAGCUACGUGCAAGACUUGAUAGUAGUCCUGUGCCAGACCAGUGUGCCUGCAGGCAGAGAUUAAAUUUAUACUGCUGAAUUGACUGUCAAAGCUUUCUUUUUAGCACGAUCCAGUGUUCAAUAGCUGCUGAAACCUGGUUUCCGAUAAUUACAUGUACUUAUUUUUUAUUUACUACCAUUUGCUGCUAACAAUAACAAUUAUCAUACAAAUUGAUCUCGCCAAUAAUGAUUAUUACGCUUUGCA